CACGUUCUUGACAAACAUGUUAGUGCGCCGCCUUUGCCUGGCCAAGGAUGGCCUGCUCAAGCAGCUACACCGAGCCAUUGGCAUCCCUGCCUCCCAUCAGCAUGGACACUUCUUCUCCACGGAAGCGAGCAACGGCAAGCCAGAAGCGAAGGAGCUCAUCUACGAAGCUCCGUUGGCUCGACCCGUUCGAAUGAUGAAGGCAGUGUCCGUCACGUCGUGCACGUUGACCUCCAUCGGGAUGCCUGUCACGUGCAUCUAUGGCUCCGUGUUGUCGUCAGUGGUGGCCCAGUGGGCGAUGUGCAGCACCAUCAUGUUUUUCGGCAUGGGGACCACCGCGCUCUUUCACGUCCUCUUCAAGCCGUAUGUCCUUCGCUUGUGGAUCGACCGAGACUCGGAGCUCGUGACCGUUGAAACCCUCAACUUGCUCGCGGCCAAGACUACCUCCGCCUUCCAACUGACCGACGCGACGUUCCCAGACAAGUCCAUGCACCCCAUGAUCAACUUCAAGGCCAAAGACAAGCACUACUUUGUCCAUCCCGAAGCGUUCGACGAAGCGGAUCGCGCAGUUGUUGAAAAGCUCCUCGGUCGCCCCCUCGAAGAACUUUUGCCCAAGCCCGACGAAGACAAGGACGAAUAAAUAAUCCUAACCACAAAUACUACUUGGGAAUAAAUACCAUUGGAUAUCCA